UCCAUGGCAAGUUUCUGUAGCACAAAACUGAGAAUUAUUUCUAGUUGCUCCUUGGGCUCAAUCAUGAGAUGCCUUGCAGCAUUAGGCAGGCGGUGCGGAGAAGGACGUUGGCUACAUCCUACCCCACACUAAAGAGUGGCAUGCUACCUCACUACCGACUUCACGAGCCAAGGCCUGUCCAGCCCUCCCACGUAGCGUUCAUCGCUGAGGACGGCCAGCUAUUGGGUGGGAGGCAGAGAUGCCGGUCGCCGUUAUCUUGCCUUUGCCCUGCAAUGGCCUGAAUCAGAUGAUGGCGUGGAUCCUGGAUGGUUGGAGGGUUCGUUGUGUUGGAGACAAAGGUUCCCAUGUUAGUCACAUCCCAGGUCCACAGUACGCAUACCAUUCGGGAGACGACCCGACACCCUGAGGGGUUACUCACUCCUCCUCAGGUCUUAUCCGCCUGCUGCCUCUUCUAAAACCCUUCUCUUCGCCUUUCUUUCACAUUACAUCUUCCUCACUCCCGGACCCCCGCCCCGCCAUUUUCACCGUCUGACGUGCUUGUGCUUCUCUGCUUCUCUGCUCCUCUGCUCCUCUGCUCCCUUUGCUCCCUCUGCUUCUCUGCUCCUCUGCUUCCAACAUUUACGGAGUAUACUCUGCGAAUACAUACAUGGUAUCUCCGUCCCUGCAGCUCUGCGCGUUCCUUCGGCAGUAGCAGCAUAGUCGUAACCCAACCCAAUAAUCCACACUACCUCCCCCGCACCUUCAAUUCGCCCCGACCGACCUGGCGGUCUUGUUCUGUUACCCUACCAAAGCCUAAAGUCUUCUAGUCCUAGCCCGCCAUGGACAACAUGCCUACCUCGAUCGCCAUUCCCGACCAGCGCCAUCGCCAGGCGAACCGCCAGGAUGGCUCGUCACCGUCGUCGUACUCUAGCUCCCCGAGCACGCCAGGCCACUCUCCCAAGGCCUCACCUAGGGCUCCUCAGAAGCAAAAGGUGCACGCCAGACGACCCAGCCUUUUGAGCUCUGCUUUCACCAAGCAGGAGUGCACGACCAUCCGGAUUGGCGGCGAGGAUCACGAAGGACCCAUGAGACUGGUGACCUACCUCGAGAGGGGACAAGGCUUCGUCUGGAAUCCCGAAAUCUUCCUGCCAUCCAUGAGCGACUUUGAAUACACCCCGCUCGACCAGCGCCGUGAUCCCAUCGUCGAGAUCCACAUCAGUGACGAGGAGAUCAAGAAGAUGCUGCCUCAAUAAACGUCCAAGGCGCACACACAGGCAGCCAUGUUUGGCAAGAACAGCAUGAUUAUACUACAACGAUUUUCACGAACCGUAUUCCACGACAACUCAACUCAUCAAGCACUAUUAGACAAGCUUUCUUUUUCCUUUCAGAAACUCUCGACAAUUGUUCAGCAUCAGUAUUCACUUCGACUUCUUACCUCGUCCAACCGGCAGCAGCCGUCUACUCGACGAGGAAAACCAUCACAUAAAUGGACAGGAGGUCGUCAUUGAUUUUUCCGGCUCUUUUCUUUCUUUUCCUUUCGGUCUACCAUUGGGUAGCUCUUUUGGCCCACGGCUAGGUUGGUGCCAGGAGUUCUUGUUUGUUCAUCGUUAGAUGGGGGUUCGGGGAAAUAUCAUUAUUGUUUACAAGGAAACAACAACACUUGGGGUGGGUGUGGCUGGCCGGGGACGGGGCAUAUGUCAGUCACCCUUUCAGACGGUGGGAUGGGCGUGACACCGGGUGGUACUAUUCUCUUAUCUUUUUCUUCUUUUUUUUUCCUGCCUUGAGGGGAGAAUCUCCUCUCUUGGCUUUUGUCGCACGCGUGGGAGUGGCUUUGACAGGCGUAAUUGGGAUUUUGGGCACAGGUGGUAGGCGGUGUAUGGUAAUCAUUCAUGUUCAGACCUUUGACAUAGUUUGCUUUUGGAAUUCCAGGCUCUCGUUACGGAGACAUAUUAUUUA